CCUCCUCCCAUAAUGUGUUCUUUGUCUCAGGGAGACAGUCAGGAGUAGUUGAGACCCACAGAGGCAUGUGUUGUGCAUCGUAGUAGAUCUAUCUCCUGCUGCUAUCAGGGUGACAUGGACGAGGGCAGUGUGAGGAAGAGGAAGGACAUGUUUAAUGGAGGCCCCGCCCCCGACCCCGCCCCCGGCCCAACCUCCAAUAUGUCUGCCUCCCACUCCAAGCCUGCUGAGGAAGACGUGAAGGCUACCGUGCUACAGAAGGAUGUGGGCCUUUUGAGUGGGAUCUGUCUGAUCGUAGGAACCAUGAUCGGCUCCGGCAUCUUCAUCUCCCCUAAGGCAGUGCUGCUGGAAACGGGAGCCGUAGGACCUUGUCUGUGUGUCUGGGCUGCCUGCGGGGUGCUAGCUACACUGGGGGCGCUGUGCUACGCGGAGCUGGGCACCAUGAUCACUAAGUCUGGAGGGGGAAUAUGUGUACUUGAUGGAGGCCUAUGGCUCAGUGAUGGCCUACCUCUACUCAUGGAGCACCAUCAUGGUCCUAAAGCCCUCCUCCUUCGCCAUCAUCGCCCUGAGCUUAGCAGAUUGAUCGUGUUGGUGAACUGUCUCAGUGUGAAGCUAGCCAGCUAUGUCCAGAACUUCUUCACUGCAGCCAAGCUUCUCAUCAUCCUGGUCAUCAUAGUGGCGGGCAUUGUCCUCUUGGCACAAGUAAAUCGUGACAGCCGCAGCACGGCCAGGUGGACUGUGGACAGCAGUCCUGAGGCAUGGUCCUAG